AUGCUGUCUUUAGUUAAUCUAUUUAGGGCAAGGGAUACCCCAGAAAAGACAGAAGCUACACGUCGAGCUCUGAUGGAAUUCGGCGCCACCCUGGCAGUAACAGAAGAGGAAUUGAAAGGAAUGAAGGACCUAUCGAAAUACGGUCCAAUUUGUACUGGAUACGAUUGUCUAGGUGGAGAGGCCGCUUUAACGAUUUUGGACCACCUUAAACCAUCUGGAACGUUUGUGAACUACGGAGGAAUGCUGGGCAAGCCAAUUCCAGUUCACGUCAACUAUCUCAUCUUUAAUGACAUUCACAUACGUGGGUUUUGGCUUCCUGGGCGUGAAAAUGUUUCUAUGACUAUGGAAAAACGCAUGGAGAUGCUUAACGAGAUAUCGUCGUGGAUGAUUGAGGGCAAAAUCAGACCGGCUCCAGCUGAAAUGAUUCCUUUCACUGAAUGGAAAUCGGCAAUCUCUAAGUCGACCUUCCGAAAUGGCACGCCAAACUAUUUGCCGUGCAAAUACAUUCUGUCGUUCCCAGAAGCUUCUUAA